AACCAGAUUUCAAUUUCAUAUCAUAUCCAAAUCCCAUUCUGUUUUCAAAUUUCGCAUACUGAUCACAGAAGAAGACAACAAAUUACAACUCCAUCGGUGCCACCAAAGCAACGGAAACAACAACAACUCUUCCGACCCCACCUCCACAUUUUCGACUCUACCCCCUCCCUCACUCAACCACCAGUAGACAGACGCACACUCCGUUUCAGAUCGGCUGUAUUCUGUAACCAAAAUGCAAGCAAUAAACCUUGGUGCCACUGGUUUUCAUCUACAAAACCGUGCUAGGGUUUUCUCGUCCGCCAGUCAGUUUAAGACCAAAAACGGCACCGUUUGCGUGAUCGGGACCGGUAGGGAUGAUAGUUUCGGAUCGCGACUCCGUUCCGGUGCCGGUUCCGGCGUCGGAAGUGUGAUUCGUUCAUCUGUGAAGCAUAGAUCAGUCAAAGCUCAAGCGUCUGACGGAGAUGUUACGCCUGUCAAGAGCCAAUCAAGCGGAUCGGUUUUACCUUAUGUUGGUGUUGCUAGUCUGGGAGCCAUAUUGUUCGGAUAUCAUCUAGGUGUGGUCAAUGGUGCACUUGAGUAUCUUGCAAAAGAUCUUGGCAUUGCUGAUAAUGCAGUUCUACAAGGAUGGAUCGUUAGCACGCUUCUCGCUGGUGCCACUGUCGGGUCCUUUACAGGCGGGUCUCUUGCUGACCAAUUCGGAAGAACAAAAACUUUUCUACUCGAUGCAAUUCCUCUUACAGUCGGUGCAUUUUUCUGUGCAACGGCUACAAAUGUACAGACCAUGAUAAUCGGCCGCUUGCUUGCUGGCAUCGGAAUCGGCAUAUCAUCUGCUAUUGUCCCUCUAUACAUAUCCGAGAUAUCACCGACUGAAAUUCGUGGCACGCUUGGAUCUAUCAACCAACUGUUUAUCUGCAUCGGAAUCCUUGCAGCUUUGGUGGCGGGAUUACCCUUAGCCGCCAACCCCUUAUGGUGGAGAACGAUGUUUGCAAUCGCAGCAGUCCCGUCUGUACUGUUGGCGUUAGGAAUGGCGAUCUCUCCGGAAUCUCCCCGUUGGCUUGUUCAGCAAAAGAAAAUUGACCAAGCUGAGAAAGCGAUAAAAACGUUAUAUGGUGACGGAAAAGUUGUAGAGGUUAUGGCUGACUUAAGUGCGUCUGGUCAAGGUUCAGAAGAACAAGAUGCUGGUUGGUUUGAUCUUUUCAGCGCCCGAUAUUUCAAAGUUGUGAGUGUUGGUGCAGCCCUUUUCUUGUUCCAACAGUUGGCUGGAAUAAACGCUGUGGUGUACUAUUCAACCUCUGUGUUCCGCACCGCAGGAGUUGCAUCUGAUGUGGCAGCCAGUGCUCUUGUUGGGGCUGCAAAUGUUUUCGGCACAAUGAUCGCGUCAUCUUUGAUGGAUAAACAAGGACGGAAAAGUCUUCUGAUCACAAGCUUUUCUGGAAUGGCUAUUUCAAUGCUGCUGCUCUCGUUGUCCUUCACAUGGAAAGUUUUGGCACCGUAUUCUGGACCACUUGCUGUUAUCGGGACUGUUUUGUACGUGCUGUCAUUCUCUCUUGGUGCGGGCCCGGUCCCUGCUCUUUUACUACCCGAGAUUUUCGCCUCUCGAAUCAGAGCAAAGGCAGUUGCUUUGUCACUUGGAAUGCAUUGGAUAUCAAACUUCGUGAUCGGCUUGUAUUUCUUGAGUGUGGUAACUAAAUUCGGCAUAAGCAAAGUGUACUUGGGAUUCGCAUCCAUCUGUCUUCUUGCUGUUCUGUACAUAGGCGGUAAUGUUGUUGAAACAAAGGGGCGAUCAUUGGAGGAUAUCGAGCGUGAACUUAGCCCGGCUACCUGAGGACAAUCGCAUUUUAGGGGUUGAUUAUGGUGGGAAUAAUAAGGUAUAGUUUUCGCGGCUCGUUAAUGUUGAUGCAGGCUAUAGUUCUACCUUUCAACUCGUUUCGUUUUCUUGUUUGUGUUCUAGAAACCAACCCGCAUUGUAAAUUUAUGGGUAUUUUCUUUUUGAUAAAAACUUGGGUUUUCAGUAUUUU